AAAAAACUCACUACAAGCUGAACUUAAAAGUUGGCAACCCUACAACAAUAUAGUCAAAUGAGCUAAAACAGUACACACAAUCAUGCUAGAAUGAGAGAAUACAGUGUGUGAGCUACCUGUACAGUACUAUGAAUCUCAUUUAUUUAUCAUCUCUCCUGAAUUGACUCAUGGUAGGAACGUUUUCUGACACAUACACACACUCUCCGCAUGCUUAAAUUGUAUCUGGCUAAAUGGCCCACUGUUAAAUAUUUACCCUAAAACUGUCUCCAUUUGCUGUGGAGGUGACAUCAGAACAAAACAGAAGGAGCAUCUGCUGGCAUUAUAAUUUCAUAACGCCACAUAAAAUGCGUUGUUUGUAGCCUUUAAAAUGCAGCACUUUUAUGAAUAAUGCAGCUCUCGAUUUCAAGAGGAAACACUUAGAAGUUGGAUUCAUAAAAAAUAAAUCACCAAGUUUGUUUUUUUUUCCUCUGUGAUCAUAAGAGGAACAGUUAAAAACUUAAGUGCCGCCACAGUAAAUGAAACGAGCUCAUCAAACACAAUGCUAGAUUGUUAGCUGCAGCGCUAGUGAGAGGAGAGGCAUUUUCUCAGUUGCUUUGUAACUGCUGGAUUAUGGGGUCUAUUUAGACUCUAAUUAGUGUUCAUUUCACGAGUUUCCAGUCUUAAAUGUGUAUUAAUGUAAUGACAGAGGACGUGUUUGUUUUUAGGCGUCUAAGUGGAGAGGCUUAAUACAGGCUAGCUAAAUUAGCACAUCCAUUCUGACAAGUACUCCGGAUUAACUUAUGACCCUGUUUGAGAGCACAGAGCUCAUGGCCACUGGUGCUCUGGUGGACCAAACUCACUGUAGUUAAGGCUCUUUAGAUGCCGCCUGCUUCCGUGUAUAUUAUUAGGUUAAUAGGAUUUCACUUGUUUACACCAACUGUUAGCUUAACACGAGGUCAAAGAGGUGGCUUAAACUUGUGUAAUUGGCUUAUUAAGAAGGCUCAAGUAGCAUUGUAGUGAGGGGUUAAAUCUCACACACACACACAGGCGGGGUGCCACACGACGUGCAUCGAGCACGGCCUAGCUGCGUGCUCACUGUUUUUCCGCUUCUGAUAACGCAUGGAUUGCGAAAGAUGACCUUUGUCGGUGGCUAACUAUUGUUUGCGGAUUGGUUGCACUCUCCGCAGGCUGUGAAAGACACAUCUGCUGCCUCGCACGCAGAAACAGAGAGGGAUAAAGGGAAGGAGGGGAGGGAAGACCUGUGCCACACGUCCCACACUGCCACAAUACCUAUCUGCUUAUCAAAUAUUUGUCUGGCCUUCGCUACCUAUUUACUUUCCCUCUGUUUGCUUUGCUUAUUCAAGUCUCUCUGUACCAGAUACAAUGUUACCAAAGACUAGAUGCUACAGUCUCUUUUUUUUUUUGUCCCGGGUUAUUCACCUCCUCGCUGUCAGAGGGCACAUGGACAUUUUCUUUUGUUUUAUAGUUUGCUUUCAAUUUUCUCUUUCUCACAGCCUCUUUCUGACCGAAAAGCGCAUCGUACACUGCCACACUCUCUCUCAUAAAUAUGCUAGCGUUCCCGGUUGCUCUGUGCUUCGAUGACAAACAGAAGCGGUGUUAAUUUGCUCACUGCUCUAUCACUCUUCCCGCAAACCCUUUGCUGAAUUGCCCAGCUCAAAAUGUGUAUUUGUUUAAUAUGUUUUUGAUUGAUUCAGUGAUGAUGAUCUGUACAGUCAGUAUUGAGAACCCACACACACACAUUCAGGAGCACAAAAGGCCUCUUUGUGCUGCUGGCAGGCAGGGUUUGUGAAUUGGGGGAGCAGGGUUGAGAUUACUUGAAUAUUUCAAACAGAGGCCCAGGCGAGUCACAGGACCCGGUCCCCGCCGCACGGAGCGGGAUGGCUGUGGCAACGACGAACCCAAACAGAGGUCCGAGCCCGAACCCAAAAGCAAUGGACAGCAGCCAGAGACCGAUACACACCACCCCUGUCACACACUCGCGGUUUUUUAAAAGAAAGCAAUUUAGUUAAUGAUUUCAUUCUGAAAGUCUGUCAUGAUGCAUGCGUCUGCUCCUGCCAGGAAAAGGAGAGCAGGGCAGAAAGAAGGAAAGAAAGAGAGAUGAAGGUGUUAGUCAACAUGACUACACUUAAGUUCUAACUGCUUGCGGCUGCUGUGUGGAUUGUGUUACCGAAUGGAGCAGACCGUCGUAAUGCUACUAACAACUGGCUGAGGAAGCUCAUCACUGACCAUAGAGGGUUUUUUUCCAGUCAGAUAUUUUGCCAGUGUGUUGAGAACAUUUUUAAGACACUACUGUGCUGUUUUAUCUGAAACGGGAGCGUGUGAGUUGGUCAGACACAUGGUUUAAUAGCAGACGGGUGAGACAUUUUCUGUAUCAGUCAGCAGCUAAUCCAGUAAUGUGCCUGCUUUCUGGCCUGGGUACAAAUCUACUGCACAUUUUUCUGUUCACCAUGCUUGUCAGCUUCUGGUUUUAUUAGGCCGUGGUUCAGCGUGUUUCCUAUUCACUUUGCCACUUUUUCCCUGUGCUGCUCCAUCUUAGCAUUGCUAAAACAUCAACGCUUCAUGUACUCUCUGACUCAGAUUUUCGUGGCAAUUACUCGGAUCGAUGGACGGACUUUUCCUCUCACCCUCUCUGUUCUCUUUCUCUCUCUCUCUCUUUCUUUUUUUAUAUCAGCUGUCAAUCAUGUGGGGAACUUCUAACCACCUCCUGACAGGCAUGAGUGCCAGCCGUUGGUUUAGCAGGGGUUUUUAUUCAGCCGCCUUCGUCUGACCUGUCAACACGGCCACACACUGUUGCCCAUGUUUUCCAUUGAACGGGGCAAAUGAAUUAGUUUCAGAGGUUUAAAUCGACAAUCAAUGUCACUUGUCCCAACAUAAUAAGGCUUAAUCGUAGAUCUUCGAGAUGUGUCCUGGCUGACCCUUGCAAUUCGUCAGGCAUCUUUACAUGGCCUCAUCUGGGUGGAGUGAACGUACUGCCCCGUUCUGAUUUUCCAAAUGACGUGUCGCAUGAAUUGUGGCCUUUUUGGCAUCCCCUCCCGGUACUCCCUGAUCCCAUCUUCCUGCCCUCCUUUGCAAUUUCAGAAAAAAAAAAUUAUACAUUUCAUAAUUUGAAAUAAAAAAAAAAUUAAUGAGGGGAGAGAACACUGCAAGGAGGACAAAGAAAGCAUAAAAAGGCAAGCUUGGGCUACAAAAACUGAACUGUUUUCCACCCAAAAAGCAUCCAGAAUAGUUUAGAGUAGAAGGUAUUUCCUUGAUUUUUUUUUUUUUUUUUCCUCCACAGAAAUCCUAUUUAUGAGAUGAGAACGAAAGGGAACAAAACAGCUUUUCUUUUCAUAAGACGCUGCAAAUUUUCCAAUUUGGUUGACUAGCGACUGGCACAAAAAAAAAGAAAAAAAAAAGCUUCCUAUUUUUGGAAAAGAAAGGAAUUAGGGGGACAGUGGCUAGAGAAAGCAGGGCACUGUGCGUCGGCAUUCCAGUUGUACCAGCCCUGGGCACCGGGUGCCAAUGAUGACCUCAUGAGCUCCAGGCUGAAGACUGUAGGCAUACAGUUCUCGCUGACACUCACAGCCUUUCAUGCUUCCAUUCAUUCUCUCCAGUCCUCUGGCGGCAAAAUUACUCCCUCAUAAUUAGCCAUUGUCCCCAUUUUUGGCUAGUCUGAAAAAAAGUUUUUUGGCUAGUCAAUUUUGUGCCUCCCCCACCCCCACCCCACCAUUUUUAACCUUUUCCCUGUCUAUUACCCUCCAUCUUGUCUAAUAUGUUUAUUGUGAAACUGAGCAAUAUACAGCCCCCCUCCUCUGUCUAUCUUUAGCAUUCUCACUUCAUUCUCUCUCUGUCUUCUGUCCUCAUCACAGUGGACUGUGGGAGAUUUUACACUUGAUUUGUUGACUCCUUUGCUAUAAAGUCAGCUGCUCUGAAGAAAAGUACCUUUAUAAAUGACAGCGAGGACCUGCCCCUGAAUGGUGCUUUGUUUACUGUUUUUCCAGAAAGGGGCCCCCACUAUAUUUCAUCUGUCAGAGUUGCUUUUCUUUCCCCAACAAUGCUUGAUUGUUUCCACAAAAAAAAGAGAGGGACAGCGAGAGAGAGAGAAAGAAACAGAAAGAAAGAACGAAAAAAAAAGAAACCAGGUUCCUCAGACAGAGAAUUCUGUAUUAUAUUUUCCUGCCAAAUUCCGAUCUCUGUUUUCCUUCCCGUGCGCUCACAAAGGGCUCAUAACGUACUGUAAUCUGUGAGGGAAACCACAAAGCUCCACUGUUGCUCAGCAAAUAGGCUGUAUUGCUUGUUGGCUUCACUGGCUGUAAAGUUUGCUUAACUGCAGCACUGACACCAGGAACUUUGGGAUCUGCCGCGCCUUAAGGCCCCGAGUGAGGGACGGAGAGAGACGGCGAGCUGCUUUUCUUAUGUCUCGGAAUCAUCUCUGACCGUACGGGGACUGAAAGAGACACGCGUGCGAGGGAGACGCUGUGUGUGUGUGUGUGUGAGCGGAGGAGCUUAACAGCUGCUCUGCCGGUGACUCCGUUCGUGUGUGUGAGUGUACUUCGCUCAGCGUGGCGUCGGAUGUGUUCUGACAAGACGUGCCGUGGCUGGGACAAACGGCCUGCCUGUGCUCGAGUGUUUUUGUGUGUAUCAGAAUUUGAGGAAGUGUUAUGCCAUCCAGUUCUAAAGUGGUGUGUGAAGAGCAGAGAAGGACAGGAGCUGCCAAGCAGGCUGAGGGGGACAGUAUCAGAAUCAUGUCUUCCAAGCAAGCCACCUCUCCAUUUCCCUCGACCCCUGACGGAGGCGAGGAUGGAGUGAAUCAGGAGUGCAUGUCCUGGGAAAAAGAUGAGAACUCAGAGUCACUAAUCGCCCCUCAGCUUCCCCUGCACAAUCUGCUCCACAACAAACCUCCCCUGGAGGAGCUCCAGCCAAUCAGCAGCAGCGUGCCGCCCGAAUCUGACUGGGACAGCCUGCUGUCGGCCCAGCAGCGCAUGGAAUCGGACAGUAAUAAAGUAUGUUCCUUAUACUCCUUCCGGAAUAACUCUACCUCUCCACACAAGCCAGAGGAGGGGGCCAGGGAGCGCGGUGACCUGCUGAGCAGUUCAGCCUUCGGAACGCCAGAGCGCCGCAAAGGAAGCCUGGCCGAUGUGGUGGACACACUGAAACAGAAGAAACUAGAGGAGAUGACAAAGACAGAGCAAGACGAAUCCUCUUGCAUGGAGAAAAUCCUUUCUAAAGACUGGAAAGAGAAAAUGGAGCGACUUAACACAGAUGAGCUGUUAGGAGAAAUUAAAGGUACUCCAGAAAGUCUUGCAGAGAAGGAGCGACAGCUCUCCACCAUGAUCACACAGCUCAUCAGCCUUCGAGAGCAACUCCUGGCUACCCAUGAUGAGCAGAAGAAACUGGCCGCCUCACAGAUGGAGAAACAACGUCAGCAAAUGGAGCUGGCACGCCAACAGCAAGACCAGAUUGCCAGACAACAGCAGCAACUUCUGCAGCAACAGCACAAAAUCAAUCUCCUCCAGCAGCAGAUCCAGCAGGUCCAGGGUCACAUGCCUCCACUCAUGAUCCCCAUUUUUCCACACGACCAGCGCACUCUGGCAGCAGCUGCGGCAGCCCAGCAGGGCUUCCUCUUCCCCCCAGGCAUGUCCUAUAAGCCAGGUGAUAACUACCCGGUGCAGUUCAUUCCAUCCACAAUGGCAGCUGCUGCCGCGUCAGGACUCAACCCUCUUCAACUCCAGCAACUCUACGCCGCCCAGCUGGCCAGCAUGCAGGUCUCUCCGGGAGCCAAGAUGCCACCGCUGCCCCAGCCCCCCAAUUCUGCUGGUCCGAUCUCCCCGUCUGGCUUGAAGAAUGAAAAGAGGGCCUCAACCCCACUGGCUCAAGUCAAGGAGGAGGGAACACAGCCUCUCAACCUCUCCGCCCGGCCCAAGACAGCUGAGCCUAUCAAAUCCCCCACAUCCCCAACACAGAUCUUCUUCCCAGGCAACAAGAGCAGCCCGAACAGCCUGUCCAAGGGCGGAGGCAUCCCCAGCCCCAUUGGAGGAAUGGGCCGUGGCUCGUCUCUGGACAUCCUGUCCAGCCUGAACUCAACAGCGCUGUUUGGAGAUCAGGAUGCAGUGAUGAAGGCCAUCCAGGAAGCGAGGAAGAUGAGGGAGCAGAUUCAGAGAGAGCAGCUUCAGCAUCAUCAGCAGGGAAUGGAGGCCAAGCUGUCUGCCCUCGCCAGCAUGGGCCUGAACAACUGCAGAUCUGAUAAGGAGAGGUCUCAUUACGAUAACCUGGGCCAUCACCUGGGCAAACUAGGCGAGGAUGGAAAGAUUGGUCACAGAGUCAUCGAUCUCACCAGGCCAGAGGAUUUCGAGGGGUGUAAGGAACUGAAUGGCUCUGCAGAUAAACUACAUCAGUAUUAUUGUUGGCCAACAGGAGGCGCCAGCACUACCGAUGCACGGGUCUACAGGGAACCCCGAGGAAGGAACAGCAACGAACCUCACAUCAAACGGCCCAUGAACGCCUUCAUGGUCUGGGCCAAAGAUGAGCGCCGCAAAAUCCUUCAGGCCUUCCCAGACAUGCACAACUCCAACAUCAGCAAAAUCUUGGGAUCUCGCUGGAAGGGCAUGACAAACCAGGAGAAGCAACCAUAUUAUGAGGAGCAGGCACGACUCAGCAAGAUCCACCUGGAGAAGUAUCCCAACUACAAGUACAAGCCCCGACCCAAGCGCACCUGCAUCAUCGACGGCAAGAAGCUGCGCAUCGGCGAGUACAAGCAGAUGAUGAGGUCGAGGAGGCAGGAGAUGAGGCAGUUCUUCACUGUGGGGCAGCAGCCACAGACGCAGAUCCCCAUCUCCACCAGCGCAGGUGUCGUCUACCCCGGCGCCAUAACCAUGGCGACCACUACUCCCUCCCCUCACAUGACGUCAGACUGCUCCAGUGCCUCGGCCAGCCCCGAGCCCACCAUCCCCGUCAUCCAGAGCACCUUCAACAUGAAGAUGGAACCGGGCACCAUGGUGUCUAACCACCCCGUGAACGGAGAGGACGAGAUGGACAUGUACGAGGACUUUGAGGACGAGCCCAAAUCGGACUACAGCAGUGAGAAUGACACACAGGAGCCGGUCAGUGCCAUCUAAGGCAAAAUCAGCCAGCGAAGAAUAUCCUUUUAUUAGAGGGAAGACUGAAGAAGAUGAAAAAGAGAACAACAACAACAGAAAUCAAAAAACUUGUUUCUGAUGAUAUAUAUUUUGGGAGCCAGCAUGCAGAUGUGGCUCCUGCAGAUUUAACAGCUAUUGGUCUUAAGUGUUUCUCCAGAGUGUGAAACAUUUUGAUUGUGUUUUAUUUUGGCUUUGUUUUUUUUGUUUUUUCCUUUUUUUUUAAUUGUUAUUUUAUUGAAAAAAUUUCUUGUGUUUUGAUCAUGGACAAUUUAGGGUACUUCCUACGACAUUUUUGAAUAAUAGGACUUGACUAUGAUUGAAACAUUUCAUAUGAAUGCAUAACUUACAGUCUUACUUAAAUUCAAAUGGAUUUACACAUGUAUUUUUUUUCUUUUGAAGCGUACAUUACUGUUUUCGACGGGGUUCUAUAUCUCACUCAGGUAUGCUGUACCAGCCAACAGCUUGUGAAUGUUUUUAAUCAGAACUAUUUAAAAUGAAAAAGACGACACUUCAUUUGACAUUUCAUAAUACGAUAAAACUGAAGAAAUCCUUACAUUUGCCGAACCAUAGAGGGAAGGCCUAAAACUCCCCAUUAUUAUUGUUCUUGUUGUUGUUGUUAUUACUAUUAUUACUACUACUACAAGUCCAGAUGUGCCAAACAUAUCAUAAGCUUCCUGCUCUUAAAUCUUAAAUUUGAAAGUCUUAAGGGAGAGACUGCAUGAGUCUUAGACAAUCCUUGCCAUCUUAUCUACAAAGCCCACUUUUUUCCCUCCUCUCUAUUGACUACCAUGUCCAAAUGCUCAGGAACUAAGAAUGCCAUAGUUCUCCAGGAGGUUCAAUGCAGUGAUCCCCUGACCACCGCCCUCAUCUUCUCUCAGUAGUCUAGUUCAGUCUUACCCACUCGGUUCUUAAUCACAGUGUUUGUAAUCAGGCCGGAAUACCAAUGGGCCAAAUGGCAUCCAAUCUGCAGAAUUGGACAGGCAAGGAAAGGCAGCUUUGGUGUAUUACAAUCACAAAUUGCUGUUGUACAAUAUGAACGCACACAUUCUGCUAAGUCUUUAGCCCCGUUUUCCAGGGCAGCAAGUUUAACGUUUUUUAUUUACGCUGAAGUCUUGAAGACAUUGUAAUCUUAACUGACAGAAAUAGUCUUAAAGCAGAGCGUAUGCCCUUUGGCCUUCUGCAGUGUGUUCAUCAUUAUGUCUUAAGAGAAAGUCCAGUUUAUAAGGAUGUUUUUUGCCAGUUAUGCAAAGGGUUAAGGAGAAAAUUUACUAAACGAACAAUGGCACUUAUUUUCCAAAUUUUUAGUGGGUACUUGGAUUUGAGAUACUUUGUAUUUAUUUAAAGAUAUGUUCAGAAACAUACAUUUGAAAAUGCACAAAGUCAAAUCUGCCCUUUUUGUUCUGCAAUUUAAAUCAUUUUACUUGGAUUCAAUCUUUUUUGAGCACUUGAAAAAAAAAAAGGCAGUCCUGCAUUCUACUAAAUUAUCUUGUUCCGGCAGCAGAAUGGAUCUUAGGUUGUUUCCAUGUGGAAGGACAGCCAAGAAGCAGCCAGCGGUCAGGGCCUCUUGUUUUGGGCUUUGGCCCUACUGAAAGCUCCUACAGGGUGCGAGUGCCAUUCACCUCCACUCACCUGACCUCUGCCCAGCGCACACCCUGCCUCAAGGGGCUACCAUCUGGCUCCCGGCAUCGGCCCGUGCCCAGGAGAAAGGUAGCAAACAAUGGAAACGAGGCCCAUGUGGUUUAUUGUGCCCUCCCUCCAUCAAAGCGCUCGCGAAAGGCCGCGGCCAGAAGCAGCCACGAGGUGCUAGCGAGCAGAUGGAACAAGUAGAUCAAGCUGUGGGGGAUUAUUAAAAUGACUGACGAGUCGGUAUCAUCUGAAAUACGGCAUUAUUAAUGCAUGAGUCCCGCUAUUUUGCCUUUGCCCUUGAACCUGUCAGUUUCAUCAGUAACCCAGAGAUUAGAAUAGACAGGAAAUGUCACAGCGAGGCUGCUGGUCACUGCAUUACCUCCAAAGGUCUAAAAGAUACCAAUGGCUAUUUAGCGCUUACUUCUCCCAGCAGUUGAAGCAUUGACUUUUCUCCUCAGCGCCCCUCUUUGAAAAGCAUUUACUUAAUUCGUAGAAGUUUUAAGCACUUCUUUAGAAGCUUGUAUUCGUACCUUUUAUUUUGUUGGUUUUAAGUUUGUCGUGAUUUUUACAUAAGGUACAAUACUUUGCUGGGUGUCCCUUGACAUCCACAUUCAGUUUUUUUUUUUUCUUCCCUGAUUACAAGCCAACAUUUAAUGUUUAAAGCUGUUAUAUCUGUUUGCUGGUGGAUUGGUUGAUUUGUACGGGAUUUGUACAUAUUUCCUUGACCAUGCCAAGCCAGUUCUGUAGGCUGGUAGCAGACAAAAGAACUGUUGUUGGGACUGAAACUUGAUUGCGCUUGUAUAGAUAAAAAAGAAAAAAAAGAGACAAUUUCGAUCUCACAUGGAGACAAUGAUUCAAAAGUGUUACAAGCACUGGAUAUAAAUGGUAUUUUUAGCAAUUCUGACUAAUGUGAAGCCGUUGUGCGAGGAAGAAAAAAAAAACAGACACGAACAAGUCACCUGUUUGGACUCAUGUGAGCACGCCUCACAGUUGCCAGAUUUGAAUCAUUUUUCUUUUGACACAUUUUGUUUAUUUAUGCAAAGACACGUGAUGAAUGAACACUUUGUUUAAGCUCCAGUGCUGCCUUGGGGAGAAAGAGCAGUAAACUCGACGGAGAGGCUUGCAUAGUGACUGUCCAACUGAGACACACCGGACUUCAGUAGCACAUUUUUGAUGGUCAUGUAUGUUUGUGUUGUAUAUUGUAUUUGAAGCUCUCUAGUGCAUAUAGACAUUUUAUUGUAUUUAUUAGCCAUUAUUGGCUCUAAAAGUGUCAGUAGAACAGAAUUAAAGGACAAUCAGAGAACAAGAAUAAAAACAGUGAAAUUUCAAAAUGGAUUGGAGCUCAAAACAAAGUUUCUUUUUUUUUUUUUUAGUUUUUUUUUUUAUUGUAAAUAUAGGAAAAUAGAAUUCUAUUUUUGUUCAUGGAUACUUACUGAAGUAUAAAUUAUGUAUUUUACUUUGUGUGUGUGUGUGUGUGUUUGGUCAUUGUACUUAGAAAACAGAACGAAAUCACAAACACAAUUCACUGUACCUCAUGUAGUUGCUGAAUUGACUUCCCUGGUGAUUGAGUAGUAUUGGAGACACAGCUGAGACACCCGGGCAUCUCAUUUCCAUGUGUUUCAGUGAUGAACCUCGCACUCCAUGCUAAGUUAACCAGCCAUUUGCUAUGUUGUUAGUGCACUCUGUAGCAAAGGACAAAUCUUGAAAUCCAUGUACGUAAUUUUCUUUUUCUUUUCUUUUUUUUUAUUUUAUAAAUUUUCUAAUUGUUGAGGUACUUGCUGAAGUUAUAUAAUAAUUGGUUUUGUGCCAAAUUUGAAUGAGAGAACGUGUAAUUGUGGGGCAUCGGUUGUGGCGUGUCACAGUACAGCUUCAUCUGAAAACAUACAGUAUGUGAGUUUCUCGGUGAGCAUAUAAUCCAUUGGGGAUGUGCAAAUAUUUAUGAUUGUGUGUUUGUUUGUUUUUUGUUUUUUUAUGCUGCACAAUGCAGACCCACUCUGUGCAUUUGCAUUUUCGUACAGUAUUUUUCUCUGUGUUGCUUCAUAGUGUUUAAUAGACCAUUUCCCAUCCAGUAAACAGCAAGUCUAAAUGACAUUUCUUUUUUAAUUCAUAACUAUCACUGCCAUAUUAAUGCAAAAUAGGUACAAUAACUGAGGACAAAGCUUGGGAGUUUCUACUUAUCUUACUGUAAUGUUUUUUUUUAGUAUGGACUUUUGUGAUGUAUAUUGUUGGAUAAUUUUUGUUAAUUUAAAUCAGCACAAUUCACUGACAUGCUGGACUGACAUGCUAGCUGCUGUUCAGAAGAGUAAAAUGUUGCUGUCAGGGACAACGUAUGCUGUUGUCAAUGCUACUUGCUUUUAGAUUUCUGUAGUCUCUCAAGCAUCACUGUGUGUGGCUCCUCUGUCGCUAGGUACACACUAGUUACAAAUCCCGCUAGCAGCCCGAUAACACUUUUCUUUAGGUCUUUUUUGUGUGUGUGUGUGUGUGUGUGUGUGUGUGUGUGUAGAGAUCAGUUUCUCAGCAGGUACACAGACCCAUGGCAGGUAUUAUUGUUUGGGCGUUAGAGAUAUAGAAUAGUAUCUGUUGCUGCUUUUUGAAAAAAAAAAAAAAAAAUUUUAAGUCUAAAAAUGUAAAUAGUUUAUAAUAAUAUCUUGUACAGUCCAGUGUAAAGUUUUUAAUUGAACUUAAAAAGGUUGCCAUCACAUUUGUGUUUACAUUCUUCUUUAUACAGUACAAAACACAGCUAUUUGCUAAUGAUAUUAUUGUUAAAAAAGAAAAAAGGUACUAAAAAUAUUUUUUUGCUUGGCUUUAGUAUGUAAACCAGCAAGUCAUUGGUUUCCAUGUGCAGUAUUGACGUGAGGUAAACUAAUUAAUGCUACAGUUGUAUGUCCAGAGACCAGUCUUCUCUGUAAUGGUAGUAUUAUUAUAUCAAAUAAAAUAAAAAAUAAAACAGAUGAGUAACACAUUUCGGUGUAUUUAGACACCUUAGUGGAUUGUACAAAUAUCUAGGUUGUUCUCCCCACAAGCAGCAUUUGGCAUAUUAUGAUGUAACACCAUUUUUACAGUAUAUUCUCAAUUGACUGAUGUACGACGGCAGAUGAGGGUGUUCCUGUCUGUUUGCUUAUUUACCUCAAGAUUUCCUCUUUUUCCAUAAAGGAUAGAGUACACACACAUGACAAAAUUGUCUCAACAUCACUCCAUCUUUUGUACUGCUGUUGACACUUACAAAUUAAAGAGACAUUUUGUUUUA